AUGUCCGAGACUAGCGUGCCCGCUAUGGACAUCUCGGAUGCCACUGAUAAGGAGACCCACCACACCCCAACACCAAAUUCACACUCGGCCGAUACGAAAAUCACCUACCCCGAAGGUGGCCGCGAUGCCUGGCUAGUUGUAUUGGGCGCAUGGUGUGGCUUGACAGCUUCCCUUGGUAUCUAUAACACAGUGGGCGUUUUCGAGGCAGUUAUCUCCAACGUCGUCUUGCCGAAUGAUUCCCCAUCUACCCUUGGAUGGAUCUUCUCUGUCUACGCCUUUGUGAACUGGGUAUGUGGGGUGCAGAUCGGACCGACCUUUGAUGCAAUGGGCCCGCGUGCAUUGAUCGUGGCGGGCACGAUCUGUACGUUGGUUGGUAUCUUUACACUGAGUGUCUGUACGGAGUACUACCAGAUCUUCCUGUCCUUCUCCAUCCUGACCGGCAUCGGUUCAUCCCUUCUCCUCACCCCAUCCAUGGGCUGUGUAGCUCACUGGUUCAAGGAGCGUCGCGGACUCGCCAGUGGUAUCGCCUUUAUAGGAGGCGGGUUCGGUGGCGUCCUCUUUCCCUUGAUGAUACAAUCACUCCUCCCCCAGGUUGGCUGGGGAUGGUCAAUUCGCAUUCUAGGCUUCGUUCUACUUGUUCUAUGCGCCAUCAGCGUAGCAUUCUGCCGGAGCAGAGUGCCGCCACGCAAAGGAACAGAGACCACCUGGCGGGAUACAUUACCCGACCAUAGAAUAUUUCUCGAUGGGACAAGCGCCAUGGCACUUACAACUGUUGGUGUCCUACUUACAGAUCUGGCCUAUUUUAUCCCUAUCACGUAUGUCCCGAGCUAUUAUAUCGAUCGACAGAAUUUACCUCAGGACGAAGCACUAACAGGAUCCGCGGCCUUUGCAUAUCAGCUGCUCGCCAUUCUGAAUGCAGCGUCAUGUGUUGGUCGGUACGUGGCUGGAGAUCUUGCUGAUCGGUUUGGUCGGUAUAAUACCAUGAUCGCCUCGCUGUUCUUCUGCACAGUGUCCGUCCUAUGCUUCUGGCUCCCAGAUAUCCUCGUCCCGGAUCUAAGCAGUACGGCACUCUUCGUGGUAUUCGUCACACUGUUUGGAUUUUUCAGUGGUUCCAAUGUCAGCUUAACACCAAUAUGCUUGGGCCAGCUGUGUGAUACACAGGAGUAUGGGCGAUAUUACGCGAGCUGCUUCACGGUAGUGGCUUUUGGGGUGUUGGCGAGUCUGCCGAUCGGUGGGGGCCUUCUGGAUGCUGUGACGGCAAGCGGGAAGGAAAGGUAUCGGGGAACUGCGCUUUUUGCGGGCCUUAGCUAUGUUGGUGCUCUUCUAUCCUUUCUCUGGGUUAGGAUCAGGGUGAAGGGAUGGGGUUGGAGGACGAAAUGGUAGCCGCGCUG